AUGCAUUUGCAUUUUCCUAGUAUCCAUCAUCCACCAAUCUCUCAUCUCCUUCUCUGCUCCUUUUUGCCCUAUCAAUAGGGUUUUCUUCACAAUCUUUGAGCUUUUUUUCCCUCUGAUGCAUUCAGUGUUGAUUGGGGCUCUGUUGAUAUCCUUCUUGUUGAUUGAUCUGAUCGUUUCUGGGCUUCAAUCUGACCUCUUUGGAGCUUUCACAACAAUCCCAUGUCGAAAGUCUUUGAUUUCAGUGGUAACAAUGGGUUUAUGUUCCAAAACCCUAAAGAAUCUAGCCCCUUUUUGUCUCUUGGGGGUCAUGUCGACGUUUACUUUCCUCCACGGAAGAGAUCUCGCGUCACAGCUCCCUUCAUUGUUAGUGAAGAUCCGAAGGAGCAGCCUUCCAUUGAGGUUCUUCCUGAUGAGUGCCUGUUCGAGAUCUUCAGACGGCUUCCUGGAGACGAGGAGAGGAGCAUAUGCGCCUUUGUAUCCAAGCGUUGGCUCAUGCUUUUGAGCAGCAUCUGCGCGGAUGAGAUCUGCAGCUCUGUUGCUCAGGCCGUGGAGCCUGAGAUCGUAUCCUGUUGCACGAAGGCUGAUGAGUCUGCUAAGCCUAAAGAGAAGGCUGAAUCCGUUGAUCUGAAUGAUGAGGAGUGUGUAGAUGUUGACCCUCAGGGUUGUCUGUCGAGGUGCCUGGAAGGAAAGAAGGCCACGGAUGUGAGAUUGGCUGCGAUUUCUGUUGGGACUGCAAGCCGUGGAGGUCUUGGAAAGCUAUCCAUCCGAGGAAAUUCUUGCACUCGUAGGUUGACAGACGCUGGAUUGAAGGCUGUGUCACGUGGUUGCCCUUCUUUGAGGGCUCUUUCUCUGUGGAACGUAUCCUCUGUUGGUGACGAAGGGCUGUCUGCAAUUGCAACCGGUUGUCGUUCUCUCGAGAAGAUAGAUCUCUCUCAUUGCCCGGCUAUCACGGAUAAGGCCAUGAUUGCGGUUGCAAUGAACUGCCCUAAUCUGAGAUCUGUUACUGUAGAAUCUUGCGCAUACAUUGGUGACGAGAGCUUGAAAGCUUUGGGCCGAUACUGCCCCAACCUAGAGUCGAUCACGCUUAAAAACUGCGCACUUGUUGGCGACCAGGGGAUUGCCGGUCUGUUUUCUUCAGCUGGCCACAUCCUAACCAAAGCUAAUCUUCAGGGGCUCAAUAUCACCGACGUGUCUCUUGCUGUAAUCGGGCACUACGGGAGUGCAAUGACCGAUCUUUCUCUCGUUGGCCUACACAAUGUGAAUGAGAGGGGCUUUUGGGUGAUGGGUAAGGGCCAAGGUUUGAAAAAGCUGAGAUCUUUAUCAAUUGCUUCGUGCCAAGGAGUUACUGACGCGGGGCUUGAAGCUAUUGGUAAAGGCAGCCCGGAUUUGAAGGUCUUCAGCCUCCGGAGAAGUGCUCUUGUGUCCGACAAUGGAGUCGUGUCGUUUGCCAGAGCUGCUUCGUCGCUUGAGAGCCUUAAGCUCGACGAGACCCACAGGAUCACUCAGUGUGGGGUUUUCGGCAUCCUUGCUAGCUGUGGGGGGAAAUUGAAGGCUCUUGCUCUGUCCAAUUGCUUAGGGCUCAAAGACUCCAACUUUGGAUUCCCAUUGAAUUCUAUCUGCAUGUCUCUACGAUCAUUGGCCAUCCAUAACUGCCCGGGGUUCGGUGAUUCCGGCUUGAGCAUGUUAGGCCAGCUGUGCACUAAGUUAACCCACGUCGAACUCCACGGCCUUGAAGGAGUAACUGAUGCAGGCCUCAUGCCUCUUGUUCAGUCGACGGAGGCUGGUCUGGCGAAGGUUAAUCUGAGCGGAUGCAUUAAUCUAACCGACAACGUGGUUGCCAAGAUCGCUAGCCUCCAUGGGGAGACUCUGGAGGUUCUGAAUCUCGAAAGAUGCAGCGGCAUCAGCAAUGUGAGCUUGAUGUCGAUCGCAACGAACUGCUCGGUUCUUCGUGAGCUGGACGUCUCCGGCUGCAGGGUAACAGAUUCGGGUGUCGCCCUCUUGGCUAGGGCCGAGCAGCUGAGCUUGCAGGUGCUCUCCCUCGAGGGCUGCUCCUUGGUGUCGGACAAGAGCUUGUCGUCGUUGAAAAUGCUCGGUGCGACUCUGGUGGGGCUGAACAUCCAGCUCUGCCAUGGAAUCAGCUCUGCUGCUGUUACUAUGCUUCUGGAGCAGCUGUGGAGAUGUGACAUACUUUCUUAAAAUGCAGAAAAAUCAAGAAUUUGGAUUUCUUGAUUUUUUAGAGCAUUUUCUAUCUAGCAAAGGUAUUAUUAUUAGAAGGUUUUUGGGUCCAUCAUGAUAUGUCGUCGAGGGGUCCGGACCGGCGUCCGCUUCAUUUUUCCGGCAAAACCACGGCCACGCUUUUUCGCAGCGUCUCAUGCUGUUUUUUAAGGUCGUCUCUUCCGGGUGACGGAAGUGGCUUCUGUUUUGUGGCCGUUGGUCGUUGCUGAGAAUUCGGACGUCGGGUGCUGGAUCUUUCGGACUUUUUUAGGUUUUCGGCCGAGCAGUGUGUUGCUCGGGUGGAAGCUUGCAGCUGUGGUUCCGGCUAGGGUUUUAUCGCGUCUUGUGUCGAUGUUUGAUGUUGUUUCUCGGUUGCUUUGUGGCGUCUGUCGACCUGUUUUCGUGGGCUUUGGCCGUGGCGGCGAUGUGGUUUUCGAGCCUGCCGUCAUGACGAUCUCUUCUUCAGUUGUUGAGGAAAGGGAUCGUUUUUUAGUUUUUCCAAAGCCCUAGUUUUGCAGGUUUCUCUUGUUGUGAGAUGUCACUUUUGCAACCUUGUUAUGUUCCUUCAAUCUAUCUUCCACUUUGUCUUCUAUGUUUUGUUAAUAAAAGCCUCUUUGGAUGA